AAAAGUAGUUUUGGUCAUAUGAAGUUUCUGACCGAAAGUGUUUGAGGGGGCCCAAAAAUAUAUUUGCCUAUGUCACAAUAUGAGAUAAAUCCCGACCUGUUAAAAAGGCCACAGCUGGCGUUUGCUGAGGAACUCCCCACUGACCCUGUUUACACCAAUCAGCUGCAUGGAGACUGUCGCACGCUUUCUGCCCCGCGGUCACAGAGCUGACAACACAGACAGCUUUCGUGUGUUUUGCAUAUGUACAGUUAUACAAUAACAGAGACUGAAACCUGAGACGGAAUAAGACUCCGCUUCGCACGCAAGCUUUGGCACACAAGGGUUAAAAGAGCAGCUCAUUCAAAAGCCAAAGACUUUUCUUCCUGGUGCAGAACUGGACAUUGCAUGCAACGAGAAAUGGCACAGAAGACAGCACUGAUUGUUUAUGCCCACCAGAGUCCCGCCUCAUUCAACGCUGCUGCACGGGAUGUCGCUGUUGAGGCUUUGACAAAGCAAGGCUAUAAAGUCCUAGUGUCGGAUCUCUAUGCUAUGAACUUCAAAGCCUCAGCUACUGCAGAUGAUAUUAAGGGUGAUCUGAAGAACCCUGAGCACUUUGUGUACAAUGAGGAGAUGAUGACUGCAUGGCAGGACGGGCGAUUAAGUGAUGACAUUGCAGAAGAACAGCACAAGUUGGAGCAGGCAGAGCUGGUUAUCUUUCAGUUCCCUCUCUACUGGUUUAGUAUACCUGCCAUCCUGAAGGGCUGGGUAGACCGAGUCUUAAUUCAAGGAUUCGCCUUCACCAUGCAGAAGAUGUAUGACAACGGCGUUUUUAAGGAUAAGAAGGCCAUGCUUUCAUUCACCACUGGUGGAACAGAGUCCAUGUAUCAGGCUGAUGCCGUCCAUGGAGAUAUCAAUGUUAUCCUUUGGCCUUUACAGAAUGGAUUUCUACGUUUCUGCGGGUUUCAGGUGCUCGCCCCUCAGAUCUUCUGGUGCCCGGCUUACGCACCACCAGUUGCGAGGAAUGAAAUGUUAGAUUCAUGGCGGGAAAGGCUGCAUGGUGUGUUCGCCGAAAAGCCUCUGUCCUUUGCUCCGACCGAAUACUUCGACAUGAGCUUCCAAGGAGGAUUCCGUCUUCGGCCGGACGUGAAAGAGAAGUGUGCUUCUCUCACUCAUGGCAUCACCACUGCACAUCAUUUAGGCAAACCACUUCCUCCAGACAACCAGACCAAAGCUAAAGAAAGCUGAAGGAUCCAGCAAAACGAAGCUAUUAUUGACCAAUGUCUCAUUCAAAGAAUCGUUAACAGAAUGAGGGAGUUUUUGAAGUGAAAUGUGCUUGAGAUUUGUCUAAUUAUAAUAUCAGCCUGUCAUUUAUGCCUUAUAUAACCAACAUUACCAGCAAUAAGCAACUGUUACUAUUGAAAAAAUCAAUAAAACUUAUUUUACUGAUA